CUCCAGGACCUGAGCGAUGUCAGUGGCAAUGAUUUACGCAAGUUCAGCCACGCAGAGUACGAUCGUAGGGAACAAUAUGGUGCUCUUUACGGAGACUUCUAUCGACAGCUUCAAAUCUCCCCUGACCAUCAUUUCAAGUUCUGGGAUGGUGUUCUUCGUUUGAUCCGCAGAAAGCACCUUGAAGAUCUCAAACGAGGGACCCCGGCCAGUAUCAGAAACCUGACUGAUCUUGUACUGCGUGGUUUUGGCUACAUCAUCUGGGCAGAGACGUCCGUCUGGCUGUUACCGUUCCACCAACUGGACGACGAAGAGCAGCCUUUGGAUUAUACGAGGGAAAGAGGUUCAGAGGGUCUCGCGAAUGCCAGGCUAUCUUUGAUAUUGAAUCAACUCUGGCCACGAAUGCGCAAUCUGAUCUUCGAACGCAAACCACCACCAAAGAAGCGAGGACGACAUGCAAGAGCGGUCAGCCCAGCACUCACAGUUGACACGGAAUCGGACAUUGCAUAUCAAGGAGACACGGACACACAUCCCCUGCCAUCGCCCGCACUGACCUACUAUCCGAAGGACGCCGACCUGAGGGCGCGAGUAAUGUCAACCAGACUAAGUCACGAGACUCAAGGCCGCCGCAAGAUGUUGACCAUGCGGCAAGCGGACGACGCGAUACUCGAUCUCAUUGACCGGCUGGCCGAGAUCCGAGCACACACUAACCCACGCGUGUUCGAAGAGUGCUGGGAUCGCCGCAUCGGACGGCUUAAGGAGCUGGACAGUUUUUUCAACACACGAGAAGGGAAUCAAGAGACUAAGAACCAGACAAUGGAAAUCCCCGAGCAGAGAACAUCGGCUCACAAUGCGCCAGCACCACCCCAGGCCCUCUCAAGCCAGCCGUUCGUCUCCACAGGGAGCCCAGUCCAACCUCAGAUGCCUCAUUCGUGCUUGGUCCCUCCAACACCUCCAACACAUAUGUCGAUCUGGAUUAGCACGUGUGGGAUCAUCUCCGCAGCCAGCCUAUUCGGUGUGCCCCUUACCACUGCAUCGGCCAUCUACUCAGCCCACAGCCCUGACGGGCCAACCUCCUCUGUAUCAUCGGCGGCAUACCACUGGCCAAAUGCUCCAGUGCUAAACUCAGACAUCGCGCCGUUCUUCCAAGGUAUGAGUUCACGCGUUGACCCUCCUACUUCUACUAUCCUAGGCUGGGUCCUCAGCUACGGCUGGAACGACCGCUGUCGGUUCAUAUCGAGUGGAUUGACUGAGCUUUGCAACAAUACUAAUGACACUGCGAGUGACCAAAACUCUCAGUGUGGCGAUAAUACACCCGCAUCGACGUCACCUGCCGCCCAAGAAGCAAAUGCCGAACUCGGAUCAGAAAUGGACAUCGACAGCACACCAUCCGCAAACUACAAGACAAACCUGCCAACACAAGCAGCAUUGUUGUCGCCAGGCUCAAAAAUGGCAACAGCCCUCGCCAAGCAAACCGAUGAUUUCGACGAAGAACAGUGGGCGAGCAUCAAACUAGGAUGGCGCGGCUUCCAAGACGACCUGCGCGAGGCUGCACGCAUGGGCGUUAAGGUCUGGCGGAUGAAGGUCUGCGUUUUGAAUCUGACACAGUGA